AUGGACCCUCUCAGCAUCAGUGCCAGCGUUGUUGCCCUGUUACAGGUUUCGGGAGCUGUCAUUAAGCUGCUUUCGGCAGUAGCCUCCGCGUCAAACGAAAUUCGUUGCCUGGUGAUUGAAAUCGGCACAACCCGCUCGCUUCUUUCAAGUAUUGCAGAUUUAGCCGAUGUAAAUGAAGGAUGGAAUGAGUGCCUGCGCAACAUGAUGACCGAAAAUGGUCCGAUACCAAUGUUGGAAGAUCUUCUCACAAAAGUGGAAGGUCGUCUGAGCCGUGAAGUGAGAAAGGAGGGCGAGCUCAGGCGACUGAAGAAAAAGCUCACUUGGCCUUGGAGAAUUGAAGAGACACGGAAUAUGUUGAAAACUGCACGCGUUGCCAGGGGUUUGCUGGCUGGAGCUCUAGCUGUAGAUCAUCUUGCAAUUGCAAAGGAAAUCCGACAGGAGACGAAAGAGAUUCAUGAAGAGUUUCAGACCUUACGGUUGAAACAGGACGUAAAUCAUCAAAGUCAGGCAAUUGACUGGCUGUCAUCUGUGGAUGUCACUGAUACCCACUAUAAUACUCGCAGUAAGCAUGAACAGGGGACUGGAGAAUGGCUUCUUGCCUCCGAUCCUUAUGAUAUUUGGCUGAAUGGUAAAAUGGAGCUAAUGUGGCUCUACGGCAUUCCUGGUUCGGGAAAGACCGUGCAUUGCUCGACCAUCAUCGAGCAUGUCCAGGCUUUUUGUGCCAGCAACAAAGAUCCAAGAUCUAUCUGCAUCUAUUACUACUUUGACUUCAAGUAUCAAAAACGUCAAACGUUAGAUGGCUUUGUCAAAUCUGCUCUUGCUCAAUUUUGUCAGCAAAGUACAGUCAUUCCAACAGAGAUUGUCGAACUUUAUGAAGACCGAGGAAGGAAAGGCCAAGAUCCAACUCCAGAAAAGCUCAUAGAAACACUCAUUAUGCUUCUUAAGCAACACUCUGGAACGACAUACAUUAUUCUUGAUGCUUUAGACGAAACUCGGGAGCAAGAGAAGAUUUUAGAACUUAUUUCGAAGAUCCAGGGCGGCAAAGGAUGGUCUGUGAACGCCUUGAUUUCCAGCCGCAAGGAACAGCAAAUUGAGACUAGCCUCUCACCUCUGGCUACUCAGAGCAUAGCAUUGCAUGGCCCACAAGUACAUGAUGAUAUUCGAAGACUAGUUCACCGAGUCCUGUUGAAUGAUCCCGUGCUGUCUAAGCGCCCUGUGGGUAUGAAGAGAGAGAUUGAAGAGGCCUUAACGGCCGGUGCCAAUGGAAUGUUUCGAUGGGCAGCAUGUCAGCUCGAUGCUUUACGCUCCUGUUUAACUCCGUCUGCAGUGCGAAAGACGCUUCGAUCACUCCCUCAAAGUUUAGACGAAACAUAUGAGCGCAUUCUUUGUAGAAUAGACGAAGAAGUUCGCCUCGUUGCUCUCACUGCAUUGCAGUUUUUGAUGGUCUCUUCUCGUCCUGUUGACUUGGCGGAGUUGUCUGAAAUUGUGGCCAUCAAACCGGGAGCUAGUAUCUUCAGCGACAUCGACAGACUUUUCGACCCUAAAGAUCUUUUAGUAGUCUGCUCUAGCCUGAUCACCCACUCACCAAAAAAUCUCGAACUGUCACACUAUUCCGUUCGAGAUUUUUUAGCCUCGGAGAAACUGCACGGGGACUGGGUUCAACUCUCCCAUUAUUCCGUACGAGAAUUUUUGAUUUCAGAGAGAAUGCGUGGGGGGCCCGCACGUUAUUUCGCUAUACGGGAUUCCGAGGCACAUCUUGCCAUUGCACAGCGGUGUCUAACCUAUCUUCUGUCAUUUGAUCAACCCGUAAUACCAAUCGAGACUGAGCCAGAAUCCCUUCACUCAUCUACAUUGUCUUCCACCUCAACGUUGGCUGAACAUCUCACAUUAUAUGAGCAACUUGUCGUUGACUACCCAUUAUUGGAGUAUUCCGCAUGCGAAUGGUCUACUCAUGCACGCCUUCUCCCUUCAGAGCACCAGGCCAAGAUUGAACCAAUGAUACUCCGCCUCUUGGAUCAAAAUAAUUCUACCUUUCAGCAUUGGAUAUCCCUUUACGGGUUAGGCGAGGAAACAGUCCGCCCUGGAAAUGCACUAUAUUAUGCCUCGAAGUUGGGACUGUCCUCCGUUGUCCAAACGCUUCUUUCUCAGGAUCCCGAUGUCGAUUAUAUCGGGGGUCAAUACGGCUCACCUCUUUCAGGUGCUUCAUUCUUUGGUCACAACGAUGUUGUCCGCAUUUUACUAGAAAAUGGCUCCGAUGUGAACAUUCAAGCAGGGGUUUUCAACACGCCUUUACAAACGGCUUGCGUGGAAAGAAGAACUGACAUCUUUCAUCUGCUUCUUACCUAUGGCGCAGAUAUCAAUAUCACAGGAGGUUACUACGGGUGUGCACUUCAAGCCGCUGCAGCAAGGGGAUGGCCAGAAGCGGCUUUGGAACUCAUUGAACUAGGUGCCGAUAUCAAUGUUGUGGAGGGCCAGUUUGGCACAGCUCUCCAAGCGGCAUCUCGAUAUGGCCGAGAUGAACUUGUAAUGAAACUCCUCGAUCGAGGAGCAAAUGUCAACGCUACCAGUGGUUAUUAUCAUACGGCACUUCAAGCGGCUGCACGAGGGGGCCAUCUGAGAAUUGUUCAACUGCUGUUAGAACAUGGAGCAGAUGUAAAUAUUGAGGGCGGAUUCUGUGGCAAUGCGUUGAAUGCGGCCUAUUCACGGCACAACCAAGAUGUGGCCGAAGUUCUUAAAGCCCAGAUGGCAGUGGAGGGUGUGAAGAAAUCAACGUUCUAA